UCUCUUGCCUUCUCACUGUCAUCUACACAGACCGCAAUGGACAGGGUAGACCCCGCCUCCGAGUCUUCUGUGCCAAUACGGGCAGAUGGACUGUGGUUCACCGACUGCGGGCUUGUGCUGCGCGCAGAGAACACUGUUUUCCGCGUCUCGCGGGACUUCAUGGUGGCACAUUCGCCCAUUUUCCGCGACAUGCUCGCCCUGCCUACACCCGCCGACGCGGAGACAUUCGAGGGCUGCCCGCUCGUCGGCGUGCCCGACUCAGCCUACGAUAUGACGAACUUCUUGAAGGCGCUGAUCCACUACAACGCUAGCUUUCUGUCCCCCCAUGUGAAGGACAACGCGCUCCCGGUACUCCUCUCCGCGCUCGGGAUGUGCCACAAAUACGACGUGGCGCCGCUCUGCCAGCGGCUGAGCGGCCAGCUCGCGGUGCUCUUUCCAACAACCCUCGCGGAGUUCGAGGACUUGGUCGAGAGACGGACACGUGGCGAACACAAUGGGCUAAAUCUGCCAGAGCACCUGAUCGACAUCCUGCUGCUCGCCCGGCGCCUCUCGCUGGAGUGGCUGCUGCCCUUUGUCUUCUACGAGCUGUGCCGCUGCGGCGACGAGCGCGAGGUGCUGUGCUCGGACCUGAGUGUAGAGGACAAACACCGCUGGGUGGUCAGCUACCGCCGGCUCGCAGCUCAGGAGACGGCGAAGAUGCUCAAUUUCCUGUGGGCCGAUGCGCCCGGCUGCAUCGACCCCCGGGACUGCCUCACUCAGCGCAUGGAGAUCCGCCGCCAACUCGAGGCCCAACGCGCCUUUUCGCCCGAGGAGGAGUCCGUCCUCCCACUUGAGGUGUGGCCUGCAGACCUUGGGAAGUGGACCUUCGAUGCGUGUGCCCCGUGCAUACGGCGCAUGAGGAGGGCGUAUCGGACUGCGAAACACGACUUUUGGGCGCAGCUGCCAAGGAUUUUUGAUUUGCCACCGUGGUCUGAGCUAGAGAAGAUGAAAAAGGCUGCUUUUGUUCCAUAG